AUGGCGUCGGGUGCAGCAGCAAUGCGUGACCGUAAGGUAAAACCACAAUGGGAGCGGACUAGGCGUAUUAUGGCUUUGGUGCCUCCUGCAUGCGCCCCUUCUGAUAGUAGCAAUACUUCAGAAGAUGAAGACCAGGUUCCUAAAUUACUAGAACACGUUGAGACGAAUGACUUAUCUGAUUUUAGUUCCGAGCCAAAAUCAAUAGAGUCUUCUUUAGAAAGGUUAAAUAUCCUGGACGAUCUAUCUGAUAAUAGUAACUCCAAUAUCCAACAAAAUCCAGAAUCUCCCAUAUCUCCUUACGAAGAAGAUACAGUCCCAUUGACUCCACUUAUGAAUGAGAUAUUUAGACCGGGGUCAGAGUUACUACAUACCUUACCUACAUUAAAUUCGCCACUUUUAUCUGCACUUCCGGAAAAUACAAGAUCAAAUAAAAGGAAAGCUAUCAAUAGACCGAAAUUAGUAACAAAAAAGGAUAUACUUAAAUACGCGGUAGAUCUAUGCUGCAAAUAUAUUUUAAACGAUAGUUACAAAAAAGUUAUAAAUGAAAGUGAUCUCCCUAUAAAAAGUGCUGUCGCUUAUUUUACCCUCUAUUUAGCGGAGAAAGGAUUCGUUCACCGCUUCUUGGCCAUUAGCAGCGCUGAAUAG